CGCCCUCUCAUGAUUUUUGUGUUCUCCUGACCUGAAUACGAUACUGGACUUAAUCACCACCCUACAGCGUUGCAACUUGAAUUUUUGCUUGUCUAGCUUUUUCCUUGCGUUCGAACAUGGGGAAGAAGAAAGUGAAGGAAAGUGGAGGGAAAGAGCACUGCCCCUCUACUGUUUUUGUCUCGAACUUGCCCUACUCAUUCACCAAUUCUCAGUUGGAGGAGACGUUUAGCGAAGUUGGACCAAUCAGGCGUUGCUUCAUGGUCAUGCAGAAGGGGUCAUCUCAGCAUCGUGGUUUUGGUUAUGUUCAAUUCGCUGUCGAGGAAGAUGCUAACCGUGCAAUUGAGUCGAAGAAUGGUUCAUCUGUUGGAGGCCGGAAAAUUGCAGUAAAGCAUGCCAUGCCUCGUCCUCCCCGUGAAGCACGACAAUCAAAGUCAAACCAAGCAGAGAAUGCUGAUGAUAUCCCAAAGUCAAAAAAUGAUGACAAUGAUGGUGGCUUUUCUGGAGUGAAGAAGCCUUCGUCAGUUACUAAGGAAAAAGUUGUAAAUAAUGAAAACCAUUCAAGGAAGCAUAGUGAAGUGAAAAAAGCAGUUCUUUGUAGGGAUAUAGCAGAUGAGGGGGGCUGUUCUGAAAAGCAGAGGGUUGCUAGAACUGUCAUAUUUGGCGGUCUUAUCAAUUCGGAUAUGGCUGAAGUUGUUCACAGCCAAGUACGGGAGAUUGGCAGUGUGUGUUCUAUAAAGUACCCCCUUCCUAGGGAAGAAUUUGAACAGCAUGGUCUCUUGCAAGAUGGAUGUAAAUUGGAUGCUUCAGCUGUACUUUACACAAGUGUGAAAUCAGCACGAGCUUCUGUUGCGUUGCUGCAUCAGAAAGAAAUUGGAGGAGGAAUUGUCUGGGCACGUCAAUUGGGUGGAGAGGGUUCCAAGACACAGAAAUGGAAGCUUAUUGUUAGAAAUCUUCCGUUCAAGGCCAAGGAAAAUGAAGUAAAAGAAAUGUUUUCAUCUGCUGGGUUCGUGUGGGAUGUAUUUAUUCCACGCAAGUCUGAUACAGGACUGUCUAAGGGUUUUGCAUUUGUGAAAUUCACUUGCAAGCAACAUGCAGAAAAUGCUAUUCAGAAGCUUAAUGGAUCAAAGCUUGGCAAGCGCCUCAUAGCUGUUGAUUGGGCUGUUCCAAAGAAGAUAUAUAGCAAUGAUAAAAAUGGUAUGCUUGCUUUGGAAAAUGGACAACAUAAGGUGACAGAGGAAGAUGGUAGUAGUUCUGAGGACAAUUCAGAGGAUGAUGUUGAGGAUACAGGCAAACAGGACCAUCAAGGAGAUGAUACUGAUCGAAAUGACUGCAGCUCCUCCCAGGAAGAAGAUGUGCCAGCUGAAGUUAACUUUGAUAAGGAAGCAGAGAUUGCCAAAAAGGUUCUUAAGAACCUAAUGACAUGCUCCACCAAAGGAACAUCCGCAAAUGAUGAUUCUAUGUUUCCCAAGAAAAACAAGGAAUCAAAAUCCAAUAAAAACAUUAAUGAGGCAGAUAAAAAGUCAUCCAAGGAGUUAGAAAAGGUUACAGAUGUUUUUGAGCCUGAAAUAUUGGGCAAAAGCGAGAUCUCUAAUCCUAAGCAAACAGAAGAAGAUUUGCAGAGAACAGUUUUCAUAAGUAACCUUCCCUUUGACUGUGCUAAUGAAGAAGUGAAACAACGAUUCUCUGGAUUUGGGGAAGUGGAAGACUUUAAAGCAGUCCUCCACCAGGUGACCAAACGGCCAAGAGGAACUGGUUUUCUCAAGUUUAAAACUGCAGAUGCAGCUGAUGCUGCAGUUUCAACUGCUAACGCUGCUUCUGGCUUGGGUAUUCUUCUCAAAGGUAGGCCAUUAAAAGUUUUUAGGGCUUUAGAUAAGAAGUCGGCUCGUGAUAAGGAACUAAAGAAGGCCCAAGAUGACAAUCAUGACCACCGCAAUCUCUACCUGGCAAAGGAAGGACUCAUUCUUGAAGGAACUCCAGCUGCUGAAGGGGUUUCAGCCAGUGAUAUGUUAAAACGCCAGGAGUUGGAAAGAAAAAAGGCAACAAAGCUACAAUCGCCAAAUUUCCAUGUUUCAAGGACUAGACUUGUUAUUUACAACUUACCAAAGUCGAUGACUGAAAAAGAGCUCAAGAAGCGUUGCGUUGAUGCAGUUACCUCUAGAGCCACCAAGCAAAAGCCUCAAAUUCGGCAGAUAAAGUUCUUGAAGGAUGUGAAGAAAGGAAAGGUUGUUACAAAACAUCAUUCACGUGGAGUUGCCUUUGUUGAAUUUUCAGAGCAUCAACAUGCCCUUGUGGCUUUACGAGUUCUGAAUAAUAAUCCAGAAACUUUUGGUCCUGAACAUCGGCCAAUUGUGGAGUUUGCUGUUGAUAAUGUUCAAACAAUUAAACUUCGGAAAGCAAAGCUACAGUUUCAGCAGCAGGCUGCUGCUCACGGUGACAGCAACGUUGAGGAAAAUGAGGAACCCGACGUUUCAGGUUUCCAUACCAAUCGAAAGGAUAGAAAACGAAAAUCACAGGAUCAUGACAAACCGGUGAAGGAUUCAGUGCUCGAUAAAGAAGGUGAACCAGCAAGUAUAUUGCCAAAUCAAAGUGCCACGGGUGCACGCAAUGCCAAAAGACAGAAAGGCAACCGUAAAAGUAAAAAGGCAGAAGGGUCAUCGUCACAUAAAGAAAAUUCAGAAACCUUGUCCAAGAAGCCAAAUGUUUACCAAGAUGACCAGAAUCAUGGUGGCAGGACGUCAAACACUGUUACUGCCUCCUCCAAAACAAUCAACGGUAAAAAGGAAGGUCAUGGAUUGAAGAAGAGGAGGACUCAGAAUCAAGCAGAAGCUGGGGAAAAUGUACCAAGAAAACGAUCAAAAAAGAAUAAAGAGCCUGUAGGGAAAGACGUGGUGGAUAAGCUUGACAUGCUUAUACAGCAAUACAGAUCGAAGUUCUCACAGCAGGGUUCACAAGGGAAUGAUGGGGAGAGAAAACCUUCCAAACAGCUAAGAAAAUGGUUUGAACCAUAAAUAAUGUGGGCAGGCUACUGAACACUGGCUUCUGUACCGCUAAGAAUUUUGUCGCUGCCAGGUUUUUACCACCUUUGUAGCAAUGUAAUUUUUGAGAUGAUUUUUUUUUUUUAAUGUUUUAAAGAAAGCACAGUGUGGGGGUUGUUUUGCUCUUGCGCAUUUUCGUUUAUUUAAUUUGACAGGAUAAAUUGAGAAAGUGGCGAUCAACAGUUGUGUUAUAGAUCAACCUCCUCCCAGCCGGCAAGAGGAGGCUGAUGGUUGAUAGAGGCGACUUGGUUCAUAAAUCAAACAAUAGUCGUUUAAUUUUGCGAUUUUAUCUCGA